AAAUUGAAUCUACUUGGAGCAAGCGUGUCUAUAUUUAUUAUGCUAAUCUAAUUCAGUUUAAGUUUUUCCAUAAAAUGUUAACAAAUUAAAGAAAACCUACAAAGAACUGUUGUAUCAACUAACAGUACAAACAGAGCGCAAUAUUAUCAAGGCUUCGAAAUGAGUGCGACCAAAGCCAUGCUCACUACAUUGUUGUGCGACAUUUACGGCAAACAGGAGCAGCAGGCGAGACGUCUUCGACAUUGUCGCGAUCAGAGAACUCGCACCACAAGAUCGUGUGGAAAGGUAUCGCUUUGUAGGAUGGCUAGCGGCUUGACGGGAAAUCGAAGGGUUCUGGAAGCACUCAAUAUACGACAGCUGAUCGAUGUGUCUGCCAUGCUGAAAGUCGAGAUAUUGACGAUGGGUUAUAUGCUGGAGCGUGUGCUUAUUGCGAGAGAUCGACAGCGACGACAUCAAGAAGUACUGUGUGAAUUUGUCACUGCUCUGUUCGUUGUGAAGACAAACGAUGCCCAGCCUAAAAUGCGCUUCAGUCUCUCACCACCGCCACCGAAAGUCAGCGUAACUUCUUGCACCAAUAGCACUAGCACGACGAGUGGCAGCACCAUCAUCGCCACUAGCGGCACCAACGCCACCCACGCCCCCACAGCCACCACGGACAUCAGCAUCAACAUUAGCAACAACAACAACCUUCAGACCAGCGGCACCCUGAGGAAAGAGCUUGGUCGCAACAACAACAAUAUGAUAAGCUCCUCCUCUGUUGACACCGCUGAUGCCGCAGCAGAUGAUGAUGUUUCGGAUUAUAAUCAAUGGCUGCAUGCCAUGAAAUUGGUGGCACGAUUGCCCGGCGGUACUCCGCCAGAAUUCCGACGAAAGCUGUGGCUGUCGCUGGCAGACAAGUAUCUAAGGUCCAAGAACGUGGACUGGACGCAGCAGCGGGAGAAGUGUUUCUGCGAGGAAUGGCGGGAGGAUGACGAAGAACUAGGCAUUCAGAUCGUCAAGGAUCUGCAUCGUACAGGGUCUAAUUUGUGCACGGGACCUGCCGGCUCCAUUAAUCAAGCAAAGCUCAAGCGAAUUCUACUCGGCUAUGCUCGCUAUAAUCCUGAAGUGGGCUAUUGCCAGGGCUUCAACAUGUUAGGUGCACUUAUACUCCAGGUCAUGGACAAGGAAGAAGAAGAGUCAAUGAAGGUCAUGAUCUAUUUGGUCGAGGGUGUGCUGCCGACGGGGUAUUUCUAUGGUUCUAUGGGUGGCCUACAGGCAGACAUGAGUGUCUUUCGUGAGCUGAUGCAAACGAAACUGCCUCGCUUGGCUAAGCAUCUGCAACGACUGCAGGGUCCCGUGGAGAAUGCCUAUGAGCCACCACUCACUAAUGUAUUUACUAUGCAGUGGUUCCUCACCAUGUUUUGCACCUGCCUGCCCAUGUCCUGUGUUCUUCGCGUAUGGGAUUUAGUGCUCAUUGAGGGCAGCGACGUACUAUUGCGUACGGCCCUCGUUCUCUGGAGUCUCCUCGAAGAACGAGUUUUAAAUGCACGCACUGCAGACGAGUUCUAUGGAAAGAUGGGUUCGUUUUCAAAUGAACUGCUCAACGGACAUCUCAUUGACUCUAAUGGUCUCAUCGAGAAGGUCGUGCAACUGGGGCCGAUUACUGAUAUCAAGCAGCUGAGGGAUAAGCAUCUUUACCAUAUUGCUCCGCUGGGAUCCAAACAGGGAUUGCAAUUAUACUUUGAUGAGGACGAUACGCACUCGGAUGAUGAGUCCCGUAUGGCCGUCGCCACAAUGUGGGGCUUAAACUGGGGUAGACGUGGUUCCGUGGGAGUCGUCGUUGGAGGGGGAGCUACUGGAACAGGAAAGACGGAUCAAAAGGAUCGUUUAGCAUUGGACAUCUCCUUGCUCAAGAAGCAAUAUGAUCGUUUACGCGAACGUCAAAAACAGGCGCAUGUCAUACUGACCACCGCCUGUUCCACAGCCACAGCAGCUAAACAAACGCCAUCGAGCAAUGUCCCGGCUUCAGUCGUUGUGAAUCAAUUACUUCAAGGUCGCCCAGCCAUCCUUACAAAUAAGGGGAAACGUAUCGGAGCACCUUUGGGAGCCAUACCACCGGCUCGAAAGCCUUCACUGCCUGCCGUCCUUCAUGGCAAAAGUUCUGUGACGGUAGAAAGACACCUGCGACGUGGAGAGACUUUGCUGUGGCGGGACACAGAUGCCACUCGACAGCGGCGAGAUAGUUUGACGUGGAAAGAAAUCAAAGCCGAUCGCGCGGCCAUGCGGCGUGAUGGAAGCGAUGCAAAUAUCAGCAAGUCACAAAAGCUGCGCUCACGAUUGGGAAAGAGCGAUAGCUCCUCUUACAGUGAGGACAGUGAUGGUGAUCAUCAGGCCGACGGCACAGAAGGUUCCAGUACAGAUACCAGUCUGUGUGACGAUGAUGAUCCCAAGUCAAUAGAGCAGAGUCCCAAACGCAAGGUUAAGCUGGCACGCAAGUUAAAAGAGAAGCCGAAGGUUAAUCUGAAUGCAAAUUUAAGUCCGAAGCCGCCGAUGACAAGUCUAUCAAACUCUCCAGAUUCCAUCCUUGAGCGCAAACGCCCCAAGUCCUGGGCACCCAGUACUGCAGAAAUCCCUUUCAUGCUAAUGGGUACAGAUAGUGGGGACGAAAAGGAGCCAGCCUCCAAGGUCGACGAAGAAGAUAGUGCUACGGAAUGUGAUAGAUUUGGAUAUUCUCAUGAUAACGAAUGGACUCAGGCUGUUGGUGAUCUGGCAUACACUAAAAUGGAACCACUACACUUGGAGAUUAAAGAUUCCUCUGUGGGCAUAACUAGCACUAGCCAGCUAUCGCCGUUGCCGGAUAUCGCCAAUUAUCUAAGCACGACAUGCAUUAGUCCCCUGCCCAUGCUCAAGCCGGUCAAUGAAACAUCUAAGUCGGAAACAGAAUGUAUCAAGCCACUGGGUACGCAUGAAGAAGCUCCUGAAACGGAUUUGAGGGCAGUAGGUAACUCCUUCACGCGAUUCGAUGUUAACGAUGAUGGCGUUACCAAUCAGUAUUUUGAACGAGUGAAUACCGUAGAACGUCCCAAAAGGCUAGAACUGUCUUACUCCUUAAGAGCAAAAGAGUCAGAUGAUUGUGAGUGCGAAGAGCCUCCAUGUAAUGAGGAAAAGACGUCACAUUUUAAAUCCGAAAGUGAGGUGCAUAUGGGAAAAAUACAGAGAGAAGAACUUUCUAUAGAUAGGUUGAACGUCUUCGCGCUGAUUCGUGAUGAUAACAUUCCAGGCGAGAAUAAGGAUGACUACAAAGAGGCGUUAAGCAUGACGAUAGCAUCACAGAUCGCCACACCACCACCAACUCCAUCACCAACGCCACCACCACAGCAGUUGCCUACGACUCUUAAUAAUACCAGCCGCAAACGCAGAGAUCCGAGACGCAAAACUCUGACUAGAUCCACGACCAUAGAGCUAGAGGAACGUUUUUUGGCACUAGAGCGAUGUCUCAGUCAGGAUCAGACGAAACGUUAUAAUGAUCAAGCAGAAGCCCCCAAACAUAUACCGACUACCGCAGCCCUGGAAGAGCGUUACAAAUCACUAGAAAAGCAGAUCAGUGCGGAAAAACAGAAGAUUGAUAUGGAAUGCUUUGAAAAACCAGAAAGAAUUCCCUCAACAGCUGAUCUUGAACUACGGUUUAAUGCUUUAUCGAAGCAAAUGAGCUCCAACGAUGCGAAUGCUAAAGUACCAGUAGAUCUAACGUGUAACCAGGAGCAGCGUAAUGACAGUUCCCCAAUGAAAUCGAAUGGUUCCGAAAAGACGGGCAAUCUGCAUAGAUCAGAUGCUACUACACAACCUGUGAAUAAAAUUAGUGAUAAAAGUUCUGGCACAAAUGAUAAUGAGAGUCAAUCGGAAAUAAAACAAACACGUCUUAAGAAGCUGCCAUCAACGGCAGAGCUUGAAGAUCGAUUUAAUGCGCUGGAGCGAAAAAUUAGCAUACAAACCAAUAAUCCAGCAAAAUCUAAAAAAGAGCCUCCUGAUGAUGAGAUAGAUAAAGGCAAUGAGCAAACAAAUAAGGUAGCCAGUCCGGGUGUCAUUAAUGCUGCCAAAAAUUCAGGAGAUAAUAAAGAGUCCACAAAAGAUUUAGAGGGAAUAGUGUCAAGUCAAAAAAAACUUGGAAGUGAUAAGAUGAAAACACCUGAGACAACUGAAGAUAGUCAAGAGUUCGAUCUGGAAAGGCGUAAAGCCCCACCCUCUACAGAAGAGUUGGAAAAACGUUUUAAAGCCCUAGAAAAACAAAUUAGUAUUAGCAAUGUCGAACCAAAUGAUAACGAGAAAGGUAACAGUCCAAAGUCUGAAGGAGAAAGGAAAACAGGCAUACAAAAAAGUAAAGUAGAUUCUGCUUUUGAAAAGGAAGAAAAGGCUUUCAAGACGAUGAAAUCAUCAUCAAAUAUAAGUAAAGAAAACAAAGAAAUUGUUGAAUUAGAAGCAAAGAAAACGGACAUACACAAGAGGGCUAAAAAGAUUUUGGAAAGCGAAGAGCUGCCCAAAGCAAUUGAAAAUACUACGAACUCAGACACAGACACAAAGUCAAAACCAACGCACUGCGACCAAUCACAACGAAAGGAAUUGAGCAAGCGGCGAGCCUCAGAGCCACCCUCAAUGGAGGAUCUAGAGAAACGAUACGAAACACUUAAGAGACGUAUGAGUAGUAAAAAUCAUUUGCCGACGCAAAAUGAAACUGUGAUUGCAGCCUUGGAGCGUAUCGAACAAGAAAUAAUAGCAGAAAUGGGGGAUACAGCUGAGGAGCAGCGACCAAUCAAAAAGGAACCUCCGUCAACAGAGGAUUUGGAAAGUCGAUACGAUGCCUUGCAUUGCCAGGAUAAAGUUGAAAAUGAAAAGCUUGACACAAGUAAAAAUGAAAUAUCCGACUCCGCUAAGACCAUUAAGAUGUCUCCUCAGCAUGUUGAUGUAGCUAUCGAGGCACAUAUACCUGAAGCUCCUCCGCCUCCAACAGGGGAUCAUAAAAUUCACAUCGAUCCGGGUCAUCAUCAGCAGCGGGCCCUCAUUGAGGAGCUGCAAAGGAGAAUGCAGGGCCAGUCACCGGGGGAAGACAACCUGAAGCCCAGCGAAAUAAAUCCGCAGCGCAAGCACUUACAGCAACAACGACAAAUGCAACUGCAACUACAACAGCGACCCACGCCAAUGGGCGAUGAGACAUCGGAAGCACCUGCAAACACCGCUUACUACAGAUCGGGAAAUUACGAACCGUGGCAAACACAGAGAAUGGUUCGUCGUUUCUCCGAUUUGCCAUCGAGAGCCGAUUUGGAAAAUCGUUUACAAUUCCUUGAGCGGAAAUUGUACAAGAAAUUCUACAAGCAGCGCUGUGCAAGUGAUUCCGAAGUUGCAUCGAGGACAGUCAGACUUAAUGCUCAUGACCACGCUGAUGAUGAAAAGCCGAGCACUUCGCGCCAAGCAGAGGCACAUUUGGAACAGCGCGUUCUUGCAUUAGAAAAGCAGUUAAGUGAAAACAGUCUUAAGCUAUUGGAUGCCAUGCGGGAAAAAGAACAAGCCAAGGAGCAGUUACAUGCGCAUAGCGACAAUAUUCAUUCGCCAUUGUGUCACCUUGGCACUGACACCGAAACGGGUAAGGAGCUGGUGCGCUAUACCCAAAACUUUAGUGAAAUGGAGGAUUCAGACAAACCUAUUAAUAUUAGCAUCAACAUCAAAAUGUUGGUCAACAAGGAGGGCGAGCUCAAGAGGCCUAUGUCAGAGUCAGAGCCAGAGUCAACUACUGAAGACCUGAAGCGACGAUUAGAGCAACUGGAACUGCAAUUGGUGGAGGAACGUGCCAGAAAUGAAACAAUACUUAUAGAAUGUGAUUUAGCAACAGAAGAUGGCAAACCCUUUUCAAAACCAAUUGAGCAGCUUACAGAUGCAACUAAAAAGUUGGAAAAGGAGAGUCACAAUCAUAACGUUAAAUCCGAUGAGGACGAGAAAUUAGAGAAAGAAGUAGAGUCAGAAAAGAAGAUGGAAAAUUUGAGUGACAAUCAUAGCUGCAAAUCUAACAAAGUCGAGAAGUUGGAGGCGGUUGCCAAGCUAAGACCAGAGCAAGAUUGUCAUAAUCACAAUGUUAAGCCUGACGAAUCAGAUAAAUUGAAGGAGUUUCAAAAACCAUCGGCAGACAGUACUGAGCCUGAGACUAUGAAAGAAUCUAAAACUUUACAGAAUGAAGAGAAAGCGCAGAGCCGAAGCAAAGAAUCGGACUUGGACAAAACUAAUAUAAAAGAUGAAAAGGUAGUGAAUCGUGAAAUUGAUAAGAAUGAAAACACAUCGUCCUUACCGAAAAAACAGGAAGUCUUGACGCCUCCAGCUCGAGGAGACGAAGUAGUUGAGAAAUCGGACAUAAUCGAUGAUGAACCAAGUGCUUGUGAAGAAAAUAAUGUAAGCCAUGUUAUAGAUGCUACUAACAUUGAAGGUGUGGACUCGAAUAAUAAAACUGUAGUUCUUCUAAUGGAUAAUGAGCCCAAAGCAUUAAAAGUUCGUCGCUUAACCAGAGCAAACACAGAGGAACUAGAAGGGCUAUUUCAAGCAUUGGAAAAACAACUCAACGACCGCAAUCUUGUUAAAUCUAAAGAUGGUAAGCUGGUUCGAGCUGAGAGCAAGCCCUCAGCUGAGCAAAUGGAUCAAGCCCAAGCCAUUUCCGAUCUGACUAAAGAAAUAACCGACUUUACCAGCAGCGAACCAGAAGCAGACACAGAGCUAAAAGACACUGGUGAGAAUAAGCAACAACAAUCAAUUGCGGAGCAGACAACCUAUGACUGGGGUCCAAAUCCUGUGAAGCAUCAUCUGAAACGUAAAACUGUUUAUCUGCCAUCGACCAAAGAGCUUGAAGCUCGAUUUCGCUCACUGGAACGUCAGAUUAAACUUCUCGAGGACGUCGAGAAAAUUGAUGUAGAGCAAAGAUUAGUUGAAAUUGAACGGAAGAUAAAACUGCAAUACUCACUUUCGCAUGAGAAAGACCUCAAUAAGUACAUUGAACUUUGUGAAGGGAAGGGUCUAGAUAUCGACGAAGACUUACCAGAAGAACCUUCUGGAGCUGUUGAAUCCUCUCGUAGUCCCUCGCGAAAAGAAACCAAAAAAUCACCUUAUACUUCUCCGGUACGUAAAGUGGCUACAAAAUCACCACAUAUUUCGCCUUCCCGUAAAGCAAGGUCUCCGUAUGUUUCGCCUUCGCGGAAAGCAAAGUCUCCAUUGGUUUCCCCAUCGCGACAUACUGGAAAAGUGCUAAACAAAAAUGAGAAAAGCCCUUAUACAUCACCAGCACGCCAGCAAGUGCAUCACGAUGAUGUCCCCAUCUCAGAUGACUUGGAGUAUAAGUACCGAGUACUUGACUUGGUACGCUCAAAGUCGAAGGAUAAUCUGUCCAAGCGCCAAACCAAUAAAAAGCCACCUAUUCAUCCAUUAGAAAUGCUGCUUGAUCCGAGUCCUGAUGAUAGCGAAAUACCUACGACCGGUGAACUGGAACAUCGUAUAAGGCUUCUGGAUGAAAAAUUAAAAUCACCAGGAUGUCUUAAAUCGCGAUCCCGAUCACCAACAAUCGACGACAUCAAACGAAAGAAAAUCUUAGAUGAACAACGACCCAAAACGCCGGUUCAUAGUCUGGAGCGUUUAGUGUCGUCACCAAGCAAGCCAGUGCCACCCACGGCAGCCGAACUGGAUGAACGCAUUCGAGCCCUUGAAGAGGAGCAACGCUUUGAUUUCAAAACCCAAAAAGUCUAUAAAGAAUUUAAUCAAAAACUCAAGGACGUGGUAUCGCCCUCGUUAUCUUACGAGGAAUUCAAAGCUUCUAAAUCGCGUGAGCAAAGCCCUAAGCGCCAAACGCUAACAACGCCUAAGUCAGCAUUAAGACGGGAUGAACAUGAUGACUACCGACGGGGAGAAGAGACAACCUAUUAUCGACCUACAAGCCCAAAAGUCAUUCGUUUCCGCGAUGAAGACGAGGAUUACUACGAGGAGAAUAGGCGUUCCAAAUGUCGACCAAGUCCAUCCAAUGACAGAAUGAAGACUUUUGCAGAUCAUCCAGCAGAUGAGAAAUCAGCUAGCCGCACCCCAGUCAGAGCUUCAAGUUCUGAAGGGGUUGAUGCCCUAGGAAGUCGCUUAAUGAGGGAAACGUCGCCCAUCACUCGAACAGGAACACACACGGGAGUACCUCUGCGUACGGGAGAUAACAUCAAUGAACGGCUAAGCUCUAUCAAGAACAGCAUCAAAUCCAUUGACAGUCUGUGCGAGGAGAAACCCUAUCAGAAAGAAAAGUGCCAACGGUACAUUGACUCUCUAUUCACCGAUUCGCUUCACUUUGCCAGCAAAAAGAGUUCCGCGGAGGAUUUGACGCACAGCCAAAGCGAUAGUCGGGGACGAGGUCGUGGUCAACAGCGAUGUAGUGACUAUACUCCUUCUAUACGAAUCAGCUCGGAGCAUCGAUCGGCUGGAUCCGUAGAGUCGGUACAAAUGGGAAUCAGCCCGCUUCGGGGGGCAAGUCCCCCACAUUAUCGUUCGCAUCGUGACAUAAGCAGGGAGCUGUCGCCGCGUCGUGGCAGGGAAGCGGAGGAGCAAGAGGAGCGAGAGAGUAGUAGGGUAAGACGUGAUAAUAUGUUGCCAAAUUAUUUUGUCGAUAAUCGUAGCGAACUAAGUAGCUGCAAUAGUUUAACUAAGUUUCAUAAAGUAGAUAGACAACUAGAAGAAACUUGCGCCAAGUACGCUGAUGACAGACGUUCGGCCAGCAGAUCGCCAUUGAGUUCUCCCUACGAGUCCAGAACAUCAGCAGGCACACGAUACAACAACAACAGCACCAGCCACAGCAACAACACAACUACAAUUGCGUCUAGACCCAUCUCGCCCUAUCGACAGCCCCAGCCCCAUGAUCUGAACCAUUCCAUGCGCUCCAAUACGCCGGUGUAUCAACCGACCAAGCUAGAGAUUCGACACACCACAGUCACUUCAACAUUUUAUGAUCGUUUUCUGACCGAGAGGAAAAUUGAGAAGCAAACACUGUCACGUCCACCCAGCCGAUCCCCAGUCAUCUCACCCUCCGCAACGACAAAGAGCUAUACAAAUUUAGCCGACACCCCGCUAACCGUCGAUAAGUACAGUUGUAACGCUAUGAUCGAUUUAGUCACAACGACAAACUGCUCACUGAGCACCAUGUCCCGUAGCUAUGCGGGCAGCAGUAGCCACUCAUAUCUCACCCCUCUAGUAUCGUCCGGCGACCGUGAACCCAUUUCCAUCCCAAGCACAUGUACAGCAAAUUCAUUUUCAAAUGCUUUCGGUCAGACCACCGCUUCAUCCUCCAGUUUUACCUUUAGUUCAACCGCAUCUACGACUGCCUCAACCUUCGUAUCCACUUCAAAUGAAGGCACAUUAUCAGCAUUUGUGCCCUAUAAUUUCAGCAGCUCAUUUAGCAGUCGCCUCAGCGAACCCACACCCACCUCUGCGGUGUCCACAUCCAGUCUCAGCUCAAGCACCCAAGUGCACUCAUAUUCAACGGGUGUUUACAAUCCAAUGAUGUCAUUCACAUUGCGAGAACCAUUAAUAUCGAAGCCUUCUCCAGGCUCAGGCAGCAUUCUCCCCAGUCCUCUAUUGGGUCAGUAUCAGUACAAGGGCGGCUUCAGCUCAACCUACAGCUCUUCGGCUGUGGAUAAAAGUGAAAUAGAUAAGCCCUAAGCUCAUAAUGCGAUUCCAUACAAAAAAGCAUUCAUUGUAAGGAAGCAUGAAUCAGGCUCAAACUAAUUACUUUAGCUACUAAUUUUACUUGUUGCAAUUACACUAUAAUAAACUCUAUAACUCUCAAGCAAUAUACACAUCUAACUCUGAAUAGAAAACGAAACACAGAAAUUAAUUAUACACAUAUUAUACAACACACGUAAGUUAUGAAUACGUAAAUUAAUAAAUAAAUGGAUAUUUACAUAUAUACCAAUUAUAAUACCCGUAUACACACUUUGAAAUUUUAAGACAAACUUUUGCAUCAAGCACCGAUUUCUGGCUUCUAGCAAUCUCACAUACCUCAUCUACAUUGAAAGCACUAAAAAAAUUAACAUUCAAAACUGAACGAUUUUUAUACAGUAAUAGGCAAGUCUUUGUGAAAUCUGAACUAUAUAGGAAUAUAUAACUAUGUAUAACUAUUUAUCGGACUUUAUCUAAAUUGAAUUCUUAAACAAGCCAUGUAUUAAUCCCUUAAAUUUCAAUUACAAUAUGUGUUAGAGCCAUUUUAAAUAUUUAAUGAGUGAUGAUAAAAUA